UUUUGUUGAUUUGUUGUUUAGUUAGUUUUAGGUUAUAUUCGAUAAGUUAGUCCUAAUUUCUAAUUUUCCAUUAAAUAAAGUCAUGGCUGACCCGGGGAAGAGUAGUCACAACCCGUUGGUUCUUAAAAGUAAAUCACUUCAGUGUAAAGAUUUACACGAUUACUUAAAAACCUUGCCCAAAGAGGUUUUAGAAAGACUUUACAAUCACCCAACAACUUGUUUGGCUGUCUACCGGGAACUUCCUGCCAUAGCCAAACAUUAUGUCAUCAGAUUACUAUUUGUUGAGCAGCCUGUCCCUCAAGCUGUUAUCGCUUCUUGGGUGUCUCAAGCUUAUGCCAAAGAUCACAACGAGGUGACUAAGGUGUUGUGUGAGUUGCGGAUUUGGCAAGAAGCGUCAAUACCGGGCGGAUUAGCUGGAUGGUCCCUUAAUCCUACAUUCAAGAAGAACACCAAGAUUGCUCUUAAUGGAGGAGGCAAGCCUUGGACAUUGUCGACGCAGCUUGAGACAGACCCCAAAUACCGAGACAUUGGCUACCUAGACAAGUACGCUCUAGAGAGGUGGGAGUGUGUGCUGCACUACAUGGUCGGCUCACAACAGCAGGAGGGCAUCUCAGCAGACGCUGUCAGGAUACUGUUGCACGCUGGUCUCAUGAAGAGAGAUGAAGAUGAUGGUAGUCCAGUCAUCACUAGGGAAGGAUUCCAGUUUCUUCUGUUGGACACCCCCGCUCAAGUGUGGUACUUUAUACUUCAGUAUUUGGACACGGUCGAGUCUCGUGGUCUCGAUCUCGUAGAAUGUCUCACUUUUCUCUUCCAGCUCAGUUUCAGCACAUUGGGAAAGGACUACAGCACGGAAGGUAUGAGUGAAGGGCUUCUGAUGUUUCUUCAACAUCUACGAGAAUUUGGGCUGGUUUACCAACGAAAGAGGAAAGAAAAGAGGUUUUACCCCACGAGACUGGCUUUAAACAUGGCUUCAGGACAGACUGGUUCGCCUACAGACCUUCAGAAGGAAGGCUACAUCAUAGUGGAGACCAACUAUAGAGUGUAUGCCUACACAGACUCCAAUCUGCAGGUCGCUCUGCUAGCUCUGUUCUGUGAAAUGCUCUACAGGUUUCCCAACCUGGCUGUCGGCAUCCUCACCAGAGACUCAGUCAGAAUGGCUCUCAGGAGUGGUAUCACUGCCCAACAGAUGAUCGGGUUCCUGAGGCUGCAUGCUCACCCCCGCAUGUUAGUCGCAGGUCCUCCAGUUCUUCCUCCUACAGUCGUAGAUCAGAUUCAACUGUGGGAGAAUGAACGCGACAGGUUCAUUUUCACGGAGGGAGUCUUGUACAGUCAGUUCCUGUCACAAGCAGACUUUGACAUUCUACGAGACUACGCCCAGGACCUUGGUGUGCUCACUUGGCAGAACGACAGGAGAAGAACUAUGGUGGUAACUAAACAAGGACACGAUGAAGUAAAAAAGUUUUGGAAGCGUCAUUCAAAAGGGAGCAAUUAAAGUAGUAAAGUAGUUGUAAUAUUUGUUAUGUAAUUUGUAAAUAUAUUUGUUAGGCUAUUUGUAAACUUUUUAAAUAAAUAUUUAGUUUUCCAAAACUAUGUGUGGCCAUCUGGUCUUUUGGUGGAUGUAAUCACAUUAUUAUUCAAGUUGGAAACGGGCACUUUGUUGAACCUUAAAUUUUAUCAGAGGACACAGCUUACAGCGAAUAACAGGCCCAAGAGCCAGCUUUGAUGAAAGCAAACAUCACCUAAGUCAUUAUUAACUAAUAUAAUGGUUUUAAAUACCAUCAGUCACCAGUUCAAAUAAGUCGGCUGUUGCAACCUAGGUUUCGGCACGAAGUUGUACCAUCAUCAGGCGGGCAAGUUAUGAGUCUUCAGUCCAAUUGACGUCGUUGGGUUAAAACAAAUAACAGUUCACGACAUACAGCACAAACACACACACGAACACAUAUAACGAAUGAUGAUGAUAGAUGAGAACGUUUCCAUUCUCAGCUAUUGUAAGAAAGGAUUUUUAUUGGACACGUUAGAAGAGUUCCAUAUCUACAAAUCGUUAAAAGUAGAUGCCGACAACCUACUAAACAACCAAAUCCACCACAGCUCCAAUUUAAUUUUUAACAAAAUAAUUGAAACCCAAGCAACACUAACGCAUCCUAUUAGACAUGGCUCAAAACAAUCCCGAGGACAAAGGUCAGAUAGACCACUUGAUCGUUCCAGUUAGUUGUGGCUUAGAUGUCACCCGUCGCGGCCGGUGAACUUACAAAAAUGUCGUCCUUCUGUAAAUACCAGUUAAUUCGUUAUAUGUGUUCGUGUGCGUGUUUAUGCUGUAUGUCGUGUUAUUUGUUUUAACCCAACGACGUCCAUUGGACUGAAGACUCAAAACUGGCCCGCCUGAUGAUGGUACAACUUCGUGCCAAAACCUAGGUUGCAACAGCCGACUUAUUUGAACUGGAGACUGAAGGUAUUUAAAACCGUUAUAUUAGUUACUAUAACCAGUUCAGGGGCAAUUCUACAUCUUAUGAUGUCGAAAUUAAGUCAUUAUUACUGUGGAAUUAUUAACAUUCAAUCAUGAAAAUUAACUGAUGGCAAAAACCUUUAAUUUUUUCAAAGACAUCCAGGCUGAAAUAUUGGCAACUUUUCCAACACAUUGUAUGGUUUAGUACACUGUUUCCGCUUUACUCUUUAUUUACUGUGCUAUAUUGUAA